AACUAGGUCCAACCGUUCUGAUCAUUAGACCUUUCCAACUUUCCUUUCCAUUUGUAACUUUGAAAGGAAUCUCAAAAUCAAAACUGGUCUAGUGUUAUUUGUGGGCUCAGUCCGAAGUGUAACGAGUGUUGUGACAUUAUACCAAACAUAUAUCAAAAUGCUACUGCUAGCUUUCUUAUGCUGGCUUUGCCUAGUUAAUUCCUUUCUGGCUCAUCCCUUGAAUCAAUACAAGGAACCUAAUUUGCAGUCUGACCCAGCGGAUUAUCCCGAUCUAACACAUGGCCUCACUGACGCAGAGGUUCGGGAAACCCUUAAUGAUCUUACCUUGGAAGAUCUCAAGUCCGUGGAUCACUUAAUUCUUGAAAAUGCCGACAAUAGGGAAGAAGGUGAAACCGUAGAGAGCACGGCGGGUCUAGGGCCACAGAGUGUGCAAGUGAUGAAGAAGACCCUUCGAGCUGUAAACCCCACCAUGGAGGAUGGCUGCCGAGAAGAGAACGAUUGCGGAGAGGCAAAGCAGGUUUCCCGCUCAAAACCAUGUCCAAGUCCAACUUCAAAGUGUUGCGUAAAAACCACUCGACCCACAACCCCUGAUUGCACGACCAAAGCUUCCUGCGGAUCCACGGAUGUCUUUAACAAGUGCCCAAAGAUCAAUAAUAAGAAUAAGCGCAAGAAAUUCCAAGACGAUAUUGAAUGCGAAUCCGAUGACUUCCAGUGUCUGGCUAGGAAGCAGAUUGAAAAUACUAAGAAAAUUCUCCAGGAGCUGGACCUGUCGGUGGAUAUUCCAUCAAAAUACACUUCACCGAGGGAGUUGGCUGGGAUAGAGACGAUUAUGAAUUACCAGGGCCAACCACUAGAUGAAGCCUUAAAUUUAGAUUUCCCAAAAGAAUCCAGGCCUAUGGAACCAGCUGAGCUGCAUGGAAAUCUGGCUACCUCGAAGCCAGAGUCUCUGGCUAACAUAUACCAACGUCACUCCAGUUUUGAGGGAAAACAUCAAUCCCAUUUGGAGCAGGCUAACGACAAGUUUCAGUAUGAAAAGAACUUGAAUCGGGAAAAUGAUGUAGGGGCCAACUCGAAGCAAACAUCUCAAGCUGACGUGCAACCGGAAAUUUUGGGUAAUUUCCAGCUGGAUCAGUGGUUCAAAAUGAAACAGGGUUUUUCAGACAAUGUGGCACUUAGAAAUUGGGCCAAGUUGAACCCGGCUAAUUUGGCCAAUAUAGAACAGGCUAAUUGGGACGCAGAACUGACAAAUUGGGCCAAUGUAGAACUGAACCAUCAGCCUCAGUUUAGCCAGGAGCAUUAUGCUAACUCACAGCUGGGAAAACAGGCUAAUUUUCAGCCGGCUCAGGAGCAACAAGCCACAAAUCAGUACCAUUUUAGGCAGGAUAACCAGGCCAGCUUGGAGCUAGGAAAUCAGGGCAUUUCUCAACAAGAAAAUCGGGCUAACAUACAGUUACAAAAUCAAGACAGUUUUAAACAGACUCAUCGGAAUUAUCAUCAGGCUGACUUAAACAGCGAUCAGGUUCAUCAACAGGAUAGAGAGCUGCGACCAGAUGUCAGCUAUCACCAAAGCACUGAGCAAGGGGAGCUCAAGGCAGAACGAGCCCCACUUGAGGUUUAUGAAGGACAUCAGCUCUCCCGAAAGAGAAAUGCUUGUCAGGAAAAUCAAGAUCUUAAGCCACAAGGUCAGACACAUAGACAGCAGCGGUCAGAGGUCAACUAUCACCCACUUGAGCGUUAUGGAGAGCAUCAACUAUCUCGGAAGAGAAAUGCCUAUCAGAAAAGUCUGCCUCUUAAGCCACAAGGUCAGACACACAGACAGCAGCGAUCAGAGGUCAGCUAUCAUCCAAACACUGAGCAAUGGACUCUAAAUCAGCCUUUAAAGAAACAAGCGAAAAUUGAGCCAACUUCACUUGAGCCUUAUGAAGGACAUCAGUUCUCUCGAAAGAGAAAUGACGAGGAGCAACAAGUUAAUCCAAAUCAGGAAGGCCAGGCUCUUAUAUCUCAAGGUCAGACACAAAUUCAGCAGCGAUCAGAGGUCAACUAUCACCUAAACACUGAGCAAGCGGAACUGAAUGGUGUAGAAGGGGAACCAGCUCCACUUGAGCCUUAUGAAGGACAUCAGUUUUCUCGAAAGAGAAAUGCCGAAAUAGAAAAAUCAACACAAGGAAGGGGAAAGAUAGUUACCAACAAUGAUAAACCACAACCAGUAAACGCUUAUAUGGCCAAGCAGGAAAGUCACUCCGACGUCGACAGUUUUAUUUCUAAUAGUGCCCGCGAUCCGCCUCGGUAUCUGAAUUCCAAGCAGAGCGAUCUCAUUCAGAGGCAAAACGAGCGUCGAUUGAACGAGGAUCGGAGCUUGAGCGAAAGCCUGAAUCUGGAUAAGCUGACCGGCGAGAAAGAGCCCAAUCCCGCAGGGGAAUCAGAUUGGUCAUCCGAUAACAAAAGAGGCAAGCGGGAGAACAGUCCCAAGGCAACAGAUGAUGCUCCAGAGAACCACAAAGAGACGUAUCUUAAAAAGCUGAUGGACUCGUUUCCUCGAGAUCAGGGUAGCCAGAUCAAUGCCAACGUGGCACUCAAGGAUUUGCCGUUUGCGCAUGAGCGCAUGAAGCGAAGUUAAAUUAUAUAUUUUCUUUUACUUGUAACUCUAGUUAAUGUUUCCUAUUAAAUAUAUUUCUUAUA